AUUACUAUACACAUGUUUUCUAACUGUUAUUCAUACGUGUGUUUCAUCUUAGCUGUGUGGGAAAUACCUACUACAUACCUAGUGGCCGAAACGUACCUGGAACCUACACGCUGUGCAGUGUGAUAAUGUGAAGUAUUGUAUUAGUUUCUUGUGAUUUAAACAAGUACAUGGAAGAAACCUACAUCUUUAUCUCGAUGUGAAAUUCACCCGAUUUCGAGUGGUGUUUUUGUGUCGGAGUAGCAAUGAUUCUUAAUACUAUGAUGGGUAUCGUCACAUUCGUUAAUUGUUUAUUAAUUACCUGUGUGCUAAUUGGAUGUUACACACCUGCACAUGCACGGUCGAACCUGGAUGUGUGUUCUCGAUUACCCAUACAUACAGUGGCCCAGAAAACUGGGGGUACAGGAGGAUUCCAAAUAACAAUUAAGGAAUUACCUAAAAAUAAAAAAUACAAGCCAGGUGAAAUAUAUACAGUAACAAUAAAUGGAACACGACCUGGAUAUACAGUAUUUCUCGGAUUCAUGAUGGAGUCAAUAUCAGCGAGAAAUGAUAGCAUCAAUCUUGGAUCAUUUUCGUUUCCCCGAGACGGGCGUGUCCAGAAAGCUCCCGACUGUAACCGCACGGUGAUCACACACAGGUACCUGAUGAUGAAGAAGCUAAUUACCGUCAAGUGGCAGGCCCCACCAGCUGGAUCAGGCUGUGUCCUCAUGAGAACGGCUGUCAUAGAGAAAUCUAAUACGUGGUACAAGGAUGACGGAAACCUCACCAUCGAAAUGUGUGAAGAGGAGGAAACAGCUCCCCAAGGCGAUGGAACUGGACAGGACGGUGAUAGCUGCUGUGCCUGUGGAGGGGCGAGGUACAAUCUUCACUUCAAGGGACUUUGGUCCCGACAGACACAUCCUAAAGGGUUCCCUGAAGAGGAAGAGGAGUUAGUCUUGAUGCACUGGUCACGGUUGGUUGGCGCCAGUCAUUCCACCGAUUACUCGAUUUGGGACUAUGGACAGCCUGCUACAGAGGGUGUGAAGGAACUCUGCGAGUUUGGGUCCUCACUCAAACUACAGAAGGAGAUGAGACAAAAUGACCCACACAUCAAGACAGUGAUAAAGACUGCCCCGCUGUGGGGAUACACACAGUUACGGAAGAGCAUGAACGCCAACUUCUUCGUGGACCAGAACUCCCACUAUGUUUCUGCCCUCAGUAUGAUAGGGCCCAGCCCUGACUGGUGUGUAGGUGUGUCACGACUUAACCUGUGUCAAACCAACUGUACCUGGGCUGACCGCCUCGAGGUUGACCUAUUCCCCUGGGAUGCAGGAACAGACAGUGGACUAUCAUAUUUGGCAAGAAAUAUUGCUACUAAUCCGAAAGAAAAUAUCCACAAAAUCACCAACCGUGACCCCAACCAUCCUGACUCUCCGUUCUACGGGACAGAGAAGAUCCUGCCCAUGGCUCGCCUCACCAUCUCGAAGAAGUCGGAGCAGACAUGUGAUGACGAGACAGCAGACAAUAACUCGGGCGAAUCUGCCGUUAGUACCAGCAUUCUUAUUGAACGAAUGAAGAAGAAAAUGAUGAUGAAGAAAAAAAUAGAAAUGGAGAAGUGUUCGACCACGGAGUGGUCAGACUGGGGUAACUGUAAUAGCACAUGUGGCACUGGGUACCGCGAGCGGCGACGACUCCUGAACAAUCUCCGAAUCUCUGCGUUGGCAUGUGACCUUGACCUUACUCAGAAGGAGGUAUGUGAAGGUGACUGUAGGCCGACCCACAGAAGGAAGGGACCAAAGGAACUCCCUGAUGACUAUGUCAUUCGACAUGAACUUGACAGCAUCGACCUGAAUGACCCAUGUGCAGUGACUCACUGGUCAGACUGGUCCCCAUGUAGUGUGACGUGUGGUAUUGGAAUCAUGGAGAGAUGGCGCAUGUUCCUGUGGAAGAACAACUCAUCGCAGUGCGAGGUGAAGCAACGCCUAAUGGAGAAGGACCUAUGCUAUGGCUACAUCCGUGAUUGUAGGAAAGCAAUCAUGAUGAAGAAUUACUCAGUUAUCUGCUCAACACCUGUGGAAAUUGGACCUUGUAAAGGGCUCUUUCCGCGAUGGUACUAUAACAGCGAAGAAAACACAUGCCAGUCAUUCUCCUAUGGUGGUUGCCGUGGAAAUGAGAAUAAUUUCCGUUCAGAACAAGAGUGCACAAUGACCUGUGACCAUGCAAUGGCAAGUCUGAAUGAAGGACCAACCAAUGAGGUUAUGAUCAUGAGGGAGGGUAAUGUGGACAUGAGACAGAAGGUCAUGGUGGGAUCUAACAGGCGCGGCAGGAAGAGGAAGCCAACCAAGAGAGAGAAAAAACAAAUGAGAAAACGAAAAAAUAAAAAGGCUAGACGAUUACAGCGUCAACGUGAGCGUGAACUGGGAGGACGAGGUGAGCCAUCCAGUGACGGACCAGCCAGUAAUUGUCAAGUGUCGUCCUGGACUGAAUGGUCACCCUGUUCUGUCACGUGUGGUAAGGGCUUCAUGAUGAAGACCAGGUCAGUCGAGGUGGAGGCUCAAAAUGGAGGCAGGUGCACACGCAGGCUGUCCAAGAAGAAGAAAUGCAGGAGAGAGAAAAAAUGUCCGGUGGACUGUGUUCUGUCGGAGUGGGGCGAGUGGACACCCUGCUCUCAAACAUGUGGUGACAAUGCUGUACAGAAGCGUCGAAAACGAGUCAUAAAGCGACCAAAGCGAGGCGGGAUGGACUGUCCGCCACGCCGGGAGAAGAAGUUUUGUGUCUUGCCUGUCUGUCCAAAUACAGAUGAGAUGGAAGAGAUGAUGAGAGAUGCUUUAUUUUCGAAUCCGCAGUCAUUCCCAUGACAACAGACACAUAUUACGAAACCGUAAACAUUUUCAUCCAAUCUUGCAUCAUCAAAGGAACUUACAGUAGUGUAGACUAAAUAUAACUGUGAGGUGGCAGCAGCACACAUUCGGAAUUAUUUCUAAUUGGACAAAAACUGCUGAUGGACAAGGUCAACUGGUCAAAGACAGGGAUGUGAUACCCUGUAUGUAACCCAUUAGUCCUUUGAUGUUUUGUAUUUAAAGCGAAAAUGAGAAUUUUCCAAAAAACUGUGAUUCUUCUUUUUUAUCAAAUUUUCUCCCACUAACCCUACAGUGCAAUGUUAAUAUGUGAAAGUUGACGGUAGAACACACUGUUGUUCAAUAUUUAUUACAAAUGUAAAUUCAAAGUUGGGAUACAAAUUUAGAAAUGGAGGAAUCACAGUACGCAUACAAGUCUUUCAUCAUAUCAUCUUAGAUAGGUUAUAAUCAUAUCAGUUGGUCGUUGACCAAUUAAUGUAAACAUUUUUUAUUUGGUUCAUUCUGUUACUUGUUUUGUUGUUUAUUUUGUACCAAUGCUUUCCUCGCCGACGAUUAUUACCAUAUGUACUGGAGGUCGUGGAAAUAAAAAGGGAUUUCUUUAAUUUUUGUUUGUAAUGUAGGUAUCAAGAUAUAAGCCUUGUUUUUUUCCUCCUAAUCAGUUUAAUUCAGACUCCGAGAUGGAGGACCAUAACCCCCCACCAGUGUAUUGGUGAUUGUAAGCUUUUGGAGAGAUUUUCCCCAACAUUUGCUACUUUUGACGGCAUUUCAUAGUUUUAUAAUUGACUAUAAUCUGUAAUGUUGAUUGUAUAUACUCUUGAUGUACAACUUAUGUUAAAACUGAAAAGCAUGGCGAGUGGAUUAUUACAACUGGACACACAACCUCUGAUAUGCAAUUAUCACUCGGGUUGUCAUCGUUUCCAGAUAUUGUACCGAAAUGACAUACAAUGCAUCAGUGUGCAUGGUUCUAUUACCGGUAAGCUGGUACAAAUACUAACUCUCAGCCUGCUUUUCUUUGAGCACAAUCAGUCCAGUCCGGCCUACGGCUCCCAGCACCAUCGUCUACUCGUGUGGUCAUAUAACAGGAUUAACAUGUCAACCAGAUAUUCCUUGGAAGCAAAUUGUUGGUUUCAAGUCCACAGACAUCACUAAAGUGACUGGGAGUUAGAAAAUCUCCACCCAGUCUUAUGCUAGGAGAUAACAACUCAGUAAUACUUGGUCUUGUGAAUGGUUAGUCUCCUGUUG